AUUUUCAUAUAAUUUUUUUUCAGGAAUAUGAUUGGAUAGUGAAAACACACUAGAAUAAAUAUAUAAUCAAGAUGCCCCCCAGAAAGCUUCCCCCUAAGCUAAAUGUUAAAAGCACGACCCCAGAGCCUCCUCCCAGUGUUCCAAGGGACCUUGAGACUCAUACAAAUAUAACCAUUGAUAAUCAAACCUUUGUUGUCGAAGCAGACGAUCUAGAGGUGAUCUGCGAGCUAGGUCGAGGUGCUUACGGAGUAGUGGAGAAAAUGCGACACAAGCAGACAGGAACUAUACUCGCCGUGAAGAGAAUAACUGCGACAGUGAAUACAGUUGAGCAAAGACGACUUGUAAUGGAUCUUGAUAUUAGUAUGCGUUCUUCAGACUGUGAUUACACCGUACACUUCUACGGGGCAAUGUUCCGUGAAGGUGAUGUAUGGAUUUGUAUGGAGGUUAUGGACACCAGUGUAGACAAGUUCUAUGCCCUGGCCUUCAAGAACAAUCGUGUCAUGCCCGAGACCAUGUUGGUCCAGAUAGCGUUCAGUGUUGUUAGUGCCUUGCACUACCUUCAUACCAAGCUGAAAGUGAUACACAGGGAUGUGAAGCCCUCUAAUAUUCUAGUAUCAGUGUCGGGUAAAGUGAAAAUGUGUGACUUUGGUAUAUCCGGAUACCUGGUAGAUUCUGUCGCUAAGACUGUUGACGCUGGCUGUAAACCAUACAUGGCACCUGAAAGAAUUGAUCCCAGUGGAAACCCUUCUAAUUACGAUGUCAGAUCGGAUGUUUGGAGUUUUGGAAUCUCCAUGAUUGAGAUUGCUACGGGUCGAUUUCCUUACCAGCUCUGGAAAACACCCUUCGAACAGUUAAGACAGGUUGUGAUAGAACCUGCGCCGGAGUUGCCGAAAAACCAGUUUUCCCCACAGUUUGAGGAUUUUAUCUCUAAAUGUUUGGUGAAGGAAGUGACGUCACGAGCCUCGUACACGGAGCUGCUGGCGCACCCCUUCCUCGCCACUAUCCCCGACCAGGCCGACAUGGCGGAGUUUGUGUCAGAGAUUCUCCAACUACCCUCAUAGAGGCAAGCUGGAACUUUAGAAUGCUCAAGAACUUGUAGGAAUGGAACGCACUUAAGCUAUAUUGGACAAAUGUCUGGUUUGAACAUGUUCCUAACGUUCCUGUUCCUUGUUCUUUAAUCCAUAAUUAGAACAGCUGAGUCAAUUAAAGGGAUUGUCCACGUAAUUAUGAGUGGUCCAAGCGGCAGGAAGUUAUUGUUUUAUCUUCAUUGUAUUUUCUUGAUGCCAUUGCUAUUUCAACUUGUAUCAACCUGUAUCCAGUUUUAUCCAGUUUUAUAUCCGCUUCAGAUAAGAAAAUAUUUAUUUUAUAGCCAACAUGAUUUGAUUUAUGACAGCUAAUUGUAAAAUUUAAAAUUUUAAACUUUUAGAUUCAAAUUUUAAUUAUUAACGUUAUUAAUAUUUUGUUACAACUUAAUUAUUUCAAAACGGGCAUUUAGCUUCUUUAACUUUAUCUUAAUACUUCAUAGUUUUCACAGUUCCAAAAUUAUUUUUUCUACUUUCCACGAAUUUCAAAAUUUGUUUAGCCAAUUUUUUCGGUUUCUUUUACCUUCAUAUUAAACUUAAAUGCAGUCAACUUUUUUUGUUAAAUAUUAACAUUUCUAUAAUCAUGAUGACCAGGUUUACUGAAGAACCAUUUAAGCUUCGACUUUCUUAAUAUUCUAAAUAAAUAAUCACGCUUUA